UUGAUCACAGAUAUCAAAGUCCAUAUGAUUGAAAAUAUUUUAAAAUGCAGUUGUAAAGUUGUGGCUUACUGUCGGAAUCUUAAAUAAGUGGAGUCAAUCACGUGAUUAGAUUUUCGAAACUUUCGAACCGUGUGUCGAACCCUGACGUCUUUAGUGCGUUUUACUCACACGGCUUUGUCUACAAUUAAGGUCACAGUGUUGUGAUUAUUAUGGCCAGCAGUGUGAACAUGGAUCCGGAUGUUGCUCGGAGGCUCUUUGAGGAGGGGGCCACCCUGGUGUUUCUCGGUGUUCCUCAGGGCACAGAACUGGGAAUUGACUGUAAGAGUUGGCAGGUUGGUCCCCGCUUUCGUGGUGUGAAGAUGAUCCCCCCAGGUCUGCAUUUUCUCCACUACUGCUCUGUGAACAGUCCCAGCUGUGGGAAUGAAGUUGGCCCAAAGACCGGCCUCUUCCUCACUCUCAAACCUAGAGAGAUCCUUUUGGCUAACUGGGAUCCCAAAGAAGAAGAUCUGAACUUCUCAGCUUCUCAGAAUGAGGAGGAGGUCACUCGAAUCCGGGCCACCUUGAAAGAGCUGGACCCAUUCCUUGGUCCUUACCCUUACGAGGUGAUGAGGAAGUGGGUGUCCCUUACUGAUCAUUUGAAUGAAGAGAUGGCCCAAAACCUCCAGCCUCUGUCAGGUCGUGUAUGCUCCUUCAGUGAUGUUGUACCUGAGGUUCACUUUAAGCACACCAAGGACAGGGCAGAGCAGCCCAGGAACGACACAGCCUGCCAGAACAUGAAAGAGGGGCUUGACAGGCUUCCCAAGAUGAAGCAGAGGGAUGGGACAGAGUUGCGUUUCUCUGUUAUCCCCAAGAAGACCUACCCUCCUGGGGCUACGCCGGCCCAGAUCACCCAGUGUAGCAUGGACCUGAGCUAUGCUUUAGAGACCGUACUGGAAAAAUACUACAAGCUACAGCCUCUCAGCCUGUUAGGUGAGCUGCAGUUUGCAUUUGUGUGCUUCCUGAUUGGAAAUGUAUAUGAGGGCUUUGAGCACUGGAAGUGCCUCUUGGCUCUGCUGUGUCGCUCAGAAGACUCCAUAUGUAAGCGCAAAGAUCUCUAUCUGGGUCUCAUCGCUGUGCUCUACCACCAGCUUGGUGAAAUUCCACCGGACUUCUUUGUUGACAUCGUGUCUCAGAACAACUUUCUCACCACUACACUGCAGGAGUUUUUCCAGUUCACCAGUGGUCCAGGUGUAGACAGUACAUUGCGGAAGAGAGCAGACAAGUUCAAAGCCCACCUGACCAAGAAGUUUUGCUGGGAUUUUGAGGCAGAUUUGGAUGACUGUGCCCCUGUGGUGGUUGAGCUCCCUGAAGGUGUCACACUGGACUGAAUCCGCUGGGGUCUGGACUCUGUAUAAAAACCAGAAGUAAGGACUGGAACUAGAUGGAAACUGUCAGAGGGACUAAAGGAGACCAAAGACUUUUAAAAAUGAGCAGGUUUCCACAUGUCCACAGUGUGUUCCAUAACUGUGUUUAGCUGCCGUAUUAAUUCUGUGUUGCUGGGCAGCAAUAGAACCACUGUUACAUGUUAAUUAAAUCAAUCACUUGUAUUUUCAUAAUUUCAGACUUCUGUCUUCACUGAAGUUCAGCAACUCAAAAUUUGUGAACUAAUUUUAUACAAAUCGUACAGUUGCCAAGAAUUUAGUAAUUGGAAAAUAAGUGUUUUGUAGCACUCAAAUGAUGAUUGUGGGAAAUGUCACUUUCUCAGCACAAAAUAAGGCUUGAACCUCAGUAACAAGGAUUCAGCUUUUACAAAGGGUUCUGACAUAUCUCAGACUGAAUAAAGCUAUAGUGAGGUCUAUAUGAUGGAUUUGGGUGCGCAUCCUCGUGGUGGGACUGGCACCGAUCACCCUUCUGCACAGUGCAUCUUUACUUAUUAGUGGUGUAAUCCUGUCCUCCUCCGCUAGGUGGUAGCCUUGAGCUUUAAAGACAUUCUUGCUCUGUGCAUCUCAAAAUGUAGAUUUCCACACAAUGAACAGCUGUUGAGUGGAACUAAAUGACAGUCCCAAGGUUACUCGGAACCAAGCCUAUUCUGGUUUGAGGAAGCUUUACUGGAAACAGUUCUGAUUCACAAUUCAAAAUAAGUGUACUCAUUACCAUGCAGACUGUAAAGCUGUUAUGGCUGAAAGUGGUGCCUGUCCUGCAGUGUGGCAAAAAUGUAUUUUCAGCUGUACUUUUUGUAGGUAUGCUCUAAAAUUAAAAUGUUCUAUGAAUAAUG